UACACUUCCACUUCCCUGGCCCCCAACCCCUUUCUAUAAAUGUAAAUAUUAAAUAAGUCAAAGUUCAGAUCACUCCCUCACACCAUUAUUAAUCCUGCUUUGCAGCAGGCGCAAUCUCCUAGAACAGAAUACAAGGAUAAGACAGGGAGGGUUAAUAAUUCGGGUAUAUGUAUGUGUGUUGUUGUGUAUUGAUGAGAUGAUGGGUGGCGGAUCCAUCUCAUAUAUCAUGAUGAGGCAAUCAAUGUUGUUAUUGGUACUGGCGGUCGUCUUGACGUCGGGCACGGGGACGGGGGCGGGGGGGAGCUGGUGGCGGUGGGGGGGUGAGUCCUCCUCCUCCUCCUACUGCUUGAGCUGGCGGAUGGGGGUGGAGGCCAACAACAUCCGAGCAUGGCGCACGGUGCCCGAUGAGUGCCAGCGCCACGUGGAGGCCUACAUUGCUGCGGGGCAAUACCAGCAGGACCUCGCCCUCACGGUCGGCCAGGUCAUCCUUGCCUACGUGGACGCCAUCGCCCCCUCCCUGCCGCGGGAUGGCUUCGACGCCUGGAUCCUCGACGUCGACGACACCUGCAUUUCCAACCUCCGCUACUACCGGGGGAAGCGCUACGGGUGCGACCCGUUCGACCCGCAGGGGUUCAAGGCCUGGGCAUCCAGGGCAGGCUGCCCGGCCAUCCCGGAUGUCCUCCGCCUGUUCUACGAGCUGGUCCGGGCCGGGUUCAAGGUCUUCCUGGUCACGGGCAGAGACGAGGAGACGCUGGGGGAGGCCACCCUGCGCAACCUGCACGAUCAAGGCUUCCUUGGCUACCACCGUCUCAUCCUCAGGAGUAGCGCGUACAAGGGGCUAGGCGCCGCAGCUUACAAGUCGGAGAUGCGGAAGCAACUGGUAGGAGAAGGGUACCGAAUAUGGGGGAACGUCGGGGAUCAGUGGAGCGACCUUCAAGGGGACUGCCCUGGCAACCGCACCUUCAAGCUCCCCAACCCCAUCUACUUUGUCCCCUAAAUCAUGAUAUACACACAUAUAUACAUGUAUGUAUGUAUAUGGGCUUCCUUCAUC